AUGACAGGGAAGGUUCCCUCAUUCUCCCUCGGCUACACAGUGAGCUCCGCUCUGCCCGGCUACGUCGUUCUCUGCCUCAUUCUACAGGUUCACAGGCUGGUGUCAGCACAGUUCACAGUGACUGGACCUGACCGUCCAGUCACUGCAUCCCUAGGGGGUGAGGCCAUCCUGCCCUGCCACCUCUCCCCCAGGAUGAGCGCUGAGAACAUGGAGGUGAGAUGGUUCCGAUCCAAGUACUCUGAAGUCGUGCAUCUGUACCAUGAUGGGCAGGACCAGUACGGAGAGGAGAUGCCGGAAUAUCGAAGAAGAACUGUGCUCUUGAAAGACGACAUCACCAAUGGGAGAGUUUUCCUGAGAAUACGCAAUGUCCGACCCUCCGAUGAUGGGCUGUACACGUGUUUUUUUCAGUCCAGUGUCUCUUAUGAAGAAGCUUUAUUGGAACUGCAGGUGGCAGAUAUGGGGUCUGCUCCUGUCAUCUCUGUGGAGGGACAUCAGGACGGAGGGAUCUGGGUGGCGUGUCGAUCAUCUGGAUGGUACCCACAGCCCAAGGCUCAGUGGAGAGAUCACCAGGGCCAGCUCUUACCAUCAACCUCUGAAAAAAUAACCCCAGAAGCCAAUGGCCUGUUUCAAGCAGAGAUUGCCAUUGUUCUAAAAGAAGAGUUCAACCAGAAAGUGUCCUGCUUUGUCAGGAACCCCCGUCUCAACCAGGAGAGAGAAUCAGUGAUUUCCAUAGCAGAGACUCUGCGAUCCAAGAUGGAGAGUGAGAAAGAGACCCUGCUGUCUGAACGGGAACAAGAGAAAGGGGAAUACGAGGCAGUGAAAGAACUGGGACUCGCCAGAGCCCGAGGAUACGCAGUGGACGUGACUCUGGACCCAGACACAGCAAAUCCCAACCUCAUCCUGUCUGCGGAUCGGAAACAUGUGACACAUGGAAACUGGGAUCCGCCCAACAAGUCUGAGGGAGCUGAGCAUGAUAUCUGGGUCCUGGGCACUGAGGGGUUCACGGGUGGGAGGCGUUAUUGGGAGGUGGAGGUGGGAGGCAACAUAGGCUGGUACCUGGGGGUUUGUAGGGAAUCUGUGAGCAGGAAGGGGAAGGUCACACUCACACCUGAGGAUGGAUAUUGGGUCGUGUGGCUGAGAGGUGGAGUAUACCAAGCCCUCACCUCCCCCUCGACCUCCCUCCCGGUCAGCAUCAAGCCCAGCCGGGUGGGGAUUUUCCUGGACUAUGAGGCAGGCGAGGUCUCAUUUUACAAUGUGACUGACAGGUCCCGUCUCUUCUCUUUCACUGGCACCUUCUCCGGGACGCUCCGCCCUUAUUUCAGUCCUGGUUACUAUGUUUGGGGUACAAACGCGGCUCCCCUGAAAAUCUGCCCAGUCCCAGCUCAGGCCGGAGGGAAUCUUGGUUCCUGA